AUGAAAUUCCUACUGAUCGCUGCUCUCGUCGCCGUGGCCACGGCCACCCCAACCAGACGCUUCCUCACUCCUGAAUCAGCAGGACCCGUCCAGGUUGUUGGAAUUGACGACAACAGCCCCAUCAGCGUCGGCCCCGCUAUCAUCGAAGGACUCCCCAUCUCUGUUGGCCCCGCUGUUGUCGACCAAUACGAACCCAUCUCUGUUGGACCCGCUAUUGUUGAUGGAUACGAACCCAUCUCAGUUGGACCCGCUGUCGUUGACGAAUAUGAACCCAUCUCCGUCGGACCCGCUGUCGUCGAUGAGUACGAACCCAUCUCUGUUGGACCAGCUCUGAUCGAGGGACCCAUCCCCGACCCCGCUGCUGUCUCUGGCUCCCCCCUCGUCCAAGUCAUCGUGAACAUCAACACCAAGAAACCCAACCCCGGCCCCGGCGCUGGAGGCUACGAGCCCAUCCAGACUGAGCCUGUCAUCAUUGACCCCAUGCCUGAACACGAAUACGAACCAAUCCAGACCGAGCCCGCUAUCAUUGAUCCCAUGCCUGAACACGAAUACGAACCAAUCCAGACUGAGCCCGCCAUCAUUGACAGCGACCCCGCUGUCAACCUUCCCGACACCCUCAACUAA